AUGGCACCAUUUCUAGUACCUAACGGUGGAUUCGCCCACGGUUCACUCACCGGUCGAUUCGCCUCCGUAUACAGUGAGGUCCAAAGCAGCCGUGUGGACCACGCGCUCCCUCUUCCCUCAGUUCUCAAAAAGCCUUUCACCAUUGUCGAUGGUCCCCAAAGCUCUGCUGCUGGGAAUCCAGAUGAGAUCGCGAAGCUGUUUCCGCAUUUGUUCGGUCAGCCUUCAGCAAAGUUGGUUCCGAGCGAUUCGCACUUGGUGCAGCCCGAUCACAAGCUGAAGAUUGGUGUGGUUCUCUCUGGAGGCCAGGCUCCUGGAGGUCACAACGUCAUUUCUGGAAUCUUCGAUUACCUGCAAGAGCGCGCAAAAGGAAGCACAUUGUAUGGUUUCAGAGGUGGUCCUGCUGGCAUCAUGAAGUGCAAAUACGUUGAACUCACCUGUGACUAUAUUUAUCCUUACAGAAAUCAGGGUGGCUUUGACAUGAUUUGCAGUGGGAGGGACAAGAUUGAAACUCCAGAGCAGUUUAAACAAGCUGAAGAAACAGCACAGAAGCUAGACUUGGAUGGGCUUGUUGUUAUUGGUGGAGAUGACUCAAACACAAAUGCAUGCCUCCUUGCUGAGAACUUCAGGAGCAAAAACUUGAAGACACAUGUGAUUGGAUGCCCUAAAACCAUUGAUGGUGAUUUGAAAAGCAAAGAAGUUCCCACAAGUUUUGGGUUUGAUACUGCAUGCAAGAUAUAUGCAGAAAUGAUUGGAAAUGUUAUGAUAGAUGCCCGGUCAACUGGAAAAUAUUACCAUUUUGUGCGGCUUAUGGGGCGUGCAGCUUCACACAUUACGCUAGAAUGCGCUUUACAAACUCAUCCAAACAUUACUAUUAUUGGAGAAGAGGUUGCUGCAAAGAAGCUGACGCUGAAAAAUGUCACAGACUAUAUUGUAGAUGUUAUUUGUAAAAGAGCUGAAAUUAAUUAUAACUAUGGGGUCAUUCUUAUCCCUGAAGGUCUAAUUGAUUUCAUUCCUGAGGUCCAGCAUCUUAUUGCAGAACUCAAUGAAAUUCUUGCCAAUGAUAUUGUGGAUGAGGGUGGGUUAUGGAAGAAGAAACUCACUGAUCAGUCAUUGAAGCUUUUUGAUUUAUUACCUCAAGCAAUCCAAGAACAAUUGAUGCUUGAAAGAGAUCCACAUGGAAAUGUUCAGGUUGCCAAGAUAGAAACAGAGAAAAUGCUUAUUCAAAUGGCUGAAACUGAGUUGGAGAAGAGAAGGCAAGAAGGCAAAUAUAAAGGCUUAUUUAGAGGGCAGUCUCACUUUUUCGGUUAUGAAGGGAGAUGUGGUUUGCCAACUAAUUUUGAUGCUACUUAUUGCUAUGCUCUGGGUUAUGGUGCUGGCGCCCUCCUUCAUAGUGGGAAGACUGGACUAAUAUCAUCAGUUGCGAAUUUAUGUGCUCCAGUUGAAGAAUGGGUUGUUGGUGGAACUGCACUCACCUCACUGAUGGAUGUGGAGAGGAGACACGGUAAAUUCAAGCCUGUGAUCAAGAAGGCAAUGGUGGAGCUUGAAGGGGCACCCUUCAAAAAGUUUGCCUCCUUGAGGGACGAAUGGGCACUGAAGAAUUGCUACAUCAGUCCAGGUCCAAUUCAGUUCACUGGCCCAGGAUCCGAUGCAGUUAGCCACACUCUACUCUUGGAGCUUGAAGCACAAGCUUAGGCGUACUAUGAGGUCCUUGUUUUGACGGUGGCAAUUCAUGUUGUUGUUUGGGAUCUUGCAAAUAUAUUUGAUCUGAGACAAGCUAGGGUUUUUGUGUACUUUAGAAAUUUACCCUUUCGCUGGUUGAGGUGCAUGAAUUGAUAAACUCUUAUGUUGCAUUCUGGCAU